AUGUGGUUCGAACGCUACGCCUCGCUGGGCUUCGAGGAACACAAGGCGAACGGUCAACUUGUUGAUGGAGCAGGCCGAUAUGUCUGGCAGUGCCAGGAGACCGGUUUUUUUUUCUAUAUUCGCGUCGUCAGCGGUCAGGCCUGGAGGUUCUCCUACUUCCCUGCCUUGGUGGAUUGGCCCGAACCUGACAACACUAGGGAGUAUGACGAUCCAUUCGCUUCGAACGCCGAAGAAGCACCACAGGACUCGAAUCCGCGCCGUCAAGUUGAACGGGACGCUCAGCCUGCCUCCUCGGACUCGGACUCGGACUCGGACUCGGACUCGGACUCAAGCUCGGAAUCGGACUCCGAUACUGAGAUGCAAGAGGUGCCCAAGAAAUCGAACGCGCCCCGCCAGGUUCAACGGGACCCUCAGCCUGGUCCCUCCACGUCGACGAAGAAGCCGCAGUUUCAGGCGACCAUUGAGUCUACGCUCGCGGCCCGCUCCGGUAAGAAGACUCGCACUCCGCAAGGGACCGGCCUCAAUCCCGCUCGUCCUCGCCGCCCCCAACCCAUCACCGUCGUAUGUGCUCUAAUAGAAACGUGCAUCCUUCGCGAGUCUGACAAGGACUAUGCUUCGCAGACGUCUUCCGAUGAUUCGGAUCUGCGCGCUCUGACACCAAAGGAGGUCGCGAACGUGCGGCGCCAGGAGAAGGCCCGGACGGCUAGGAAGGCCCUCCAAGAGGCGGGACGCUCAGCCGUCGAGGAGCUGCGCGCCGCCGAAGCCGAACAGCCCCUUCAAGCCCGCAUCGGAUUCCAGGAUAAUGGGGAUCUGUGCGCUCUCAAGAUGCUCGACCCGGUCGUACACGAGGUCAUAUCUCUAGCCGCUAAUCAUUGCAUCGCUCGGGUCGUCUACGUCGAACAGACGGCCUUCCCGACGCCGAACGGCGAUGGACGCGAGCUACAAGGCGAGCAAAUGGGAGAGAGGGCCCUCGAGCUUGCCGUUAAAUCCUCCAAAAAGUACCGCGAGUUCGGCAGACGCGUCAAGAACAAGGACAGGGUCGUGCUCUCGACGGUGGGGAAAUAUUGCUGGGCUCGCAAAAAUAUCUUCCGCCCCAAGGGCAUCAUGAUGUCACGCGCCAUCGUCAAACCCGCAUACGACCUGGACAAUCUUUCGAAGACGCAAACGUGCGCCGCCGUCAACGUCCUGCUAGAAAAUAACAAUUUCAUCUAUCGCGGUUCUCUCGAGUGGGUUACGAACGAUCCCCAGGAGACUCGUGUGAGGUAUAGGAGGGAUCCUAAAUUCAAGGGGGUUCCGUACUCUGCGGAUGCCUUUCCCGCCGUCAUCAACCUCACCUUCAUGGGCGGUGCGGCUGCAAGCGACGACCCCCUCAAACAAUGCUUUAACUUCACCAACAAAGUCUUCCCGAAGGCAAUCCACCUACGCCCGAACCACAAGGGUAAAACUCCCCGCGAAAUUCCCCUGCCGAUGAUCUUGUACGUCGCGAUGUCGAUACAAUAUGCGCUCCUAGAUCUCACGCUCGAGCGUCCCGACAAGUUCACAGAGCCCAAGAUGCGUUCGAUCUACGAGGCCCGCGAGAUGGCCCACUCCACCAUAGAUUCGGAGAAGGGUCGCUCGUACGCUCUUCAAUUCUUGUACAAGGAGGCGAGGAAAUGGUGUGCCGCCCCUACUGUGCCCGUGAUCCCCAUAGAUGUCAUCGAAGACGAUGAAGAGAUGGCAAACCUAUACGACGAGUUAUCCGAGAUCCGCGCUCAGGAUGGUGGCCGCAAGGUUUAA